ACACACACACACACACACACAAACACUGUGGUCUUCCCAAGAGAAGUGCCUUUACAAACUCUUCCACACGUCGUAUGGCUUACCGUGCUUACAUUCUGAUAUUUUUGCCAAAUUGUUAUUAUAUGGUUGCAUAAGGAUAUAAACGUUUCCAUCCUUAUCCUGCUGACUUAAACGCACGCGCGCACAGACAACACGCGCAUCAGCACUCAGCUUGUUGGUGCUUUCCGACCAUCGAGAACACGGGUUGACGUGUUUUCACGUCCGCACUUCCUCAACACCCGGGAUGACGUUCAGGGCUUCUCUGUACUUCGGGAAGUCUCCAGUUCGCCGACCCACCUUCAUCAUGGAGACAGUGGGAACUGUCGGUCUCGGAUCCACAAGUUAAUCUGUCGUUCAGGAGGUCCUGCAUCAUAGGUGGUGAAUUCUGACCAUCUCGUUUCUGGGAGAAACUGGACAUCAAGUUAUUUCGACGGCUUGUUCGACGAAGUUUUCCAAAAGAUGCUGGCUGGGUUGCAGAGGAAGGUCGGACAGGGUCACUAGGCCACAGUCGCCCUUCAGCCAACCAUGGAACGAGAGGGAUCCUUUAGGAGGAGCCUACAGAGCCGUCUGAGGCAGGGCAGCAGCUCCUCCAGCCUGACCGACCUGUCCCAGGGGGGAGGGGGAGGAGUGGGGGAGAAGGGGGGAGGAGCGCCAGACGACAAGGGGACCCAGCAGAGGAGGGCGGGCGCCAACGCCACCUGGAACAGCAUCCACAAUGCAGUGAUCGCCGUGUUCCAGAAGAAGGAGCUGGGAGAAAACGAGCUCUACACUCUGAAUGAAGGAGUCAGGCAGCUGCUGAAGACGGAACUGGGCUCGUUCUUCACUGAGUACCUUCAGAACCAGCUGAUGACCAAAGGCAUGGUCAUCCUUCGAGACAAGAUCCGCUUCUAUGAAGGUCAGAAGCUCCUGGACUCUCUGGCUGAGACCUGGGACUUCUUCUUCUGCGACGUCCUGUCGAUGCUGCAGGCCAUCUUCUACCCAGUUCAGGGUAAGGAGCCCUCCGUGCGGCAGCUGGCUCUGAUCCACUUCAGGAACGUCAUCACGCUGAACCUGAAGCUGGACGAGGCGCUGGGCCGGCCGCGCGCCCGCGUGCCCCCCUCCAUCACCCAGAUGCUGCUCAUACUGCAGGGGGUCCAUGAGGCCGGGGGUGUGACAGACUCCUACCUGGGUCUGGAGGCUCUGAUCCAGAAGGCCGUCUCUCCCUACCUGGGGACGCACGGCCUGUUCUCUGCCGACCAGGGCACCGCGCAGCAGGACUCCUGCUGCAUUCUGGAUAAGCACAUAAGGCGUCGUCUGCCCGGGGGCCCCCCCGGGGCCAAGAGCCCGGUGGUCCGUUCCCAGAGCUACAACGUGCCGCUGCUGCCCCCCGUGGUGGAGCAGGACGUGGACCCCCCCGCCGGCCCCGCCGCCGUCCGCCGCCACUCCGUCUGCCAGAUGACUUCCUGCUUGGAGGAAUGCAGCGCCCCGCCCGAACCCACGGGCAACGCCACUGGCAGUAGAACCAGCAACCAAACCAGCAAGUGUGCCUCAUCCAACCAGCUGCCUGCCCCAGAGCACGGACGGCCAGGUUCCCUGUCAUUGGUCGGGAGCUUGGGGAGGCAGAGCUCCGAAGCAACCCGCGGGGACGACCUGCCCUCUGACCUUCAGGGCCCCGCCCCCUCACCCUGCCUCCUCCCUUCCCCCUCCCCCUGCCACACAGGCUCCUCCCUGGGCUCUCCCUCCUCCUCCUUCUCCUCCUCCUCCUGCUGCAGGGUGCGACUCCCCCCCACCCCCCCCCCUCGGCUCGGAGACGGAGGUGGGCGGGAUCUUCCUGGACUUCUCCAACCGCCGACGCUCCACCUACAGCAACGACAGCGGCAGCCAGGGUGUGGUGUGACACACACACACACACACACACACACACACACACGCGCACACACACACACGAGCUCAGGAUUCUUUGGAGGGAUGGGGCAAAUAAUUUUCUAUAAUUUUUGUGGUCUCCACCACUAGAGGGCAGCAGGCUUCCUUCCUGUCUGUCGACAUGAAGCCGACAUAAAGAUUAGUGCCAGAGACUAAACCAGGUCGAUAAUGUACUAUAGUCUAUUCUACUGAUAUAAUAUAUAAUGGUAAAACAGGUCUAUAAUGUACUAUAGUCUAUUCUACUGAUAUACUAUAUAAUGGUAAACCAGGUCUAUAAGGUACUAUAGUCUAUUCUACUGAUAUAAUAUAUAAUGGUAAACCAGGUCUAUAAUGUAUUAUAGUCUAUUCUACUGUUAUAUAAUGGUAAACCAGGUCUAUAAUGUACUAUGGUCUAUUCUACUGUUAUGUAAUAUAUAAUGGUAAACCAGGUCUAUAAUAUACUACUCUAUUCUACUGUAAUAUAAUAUAUAAUGGUAAACCAGGUCUAUAAUGUACUAUGGUCUAUUCUAUUGUUAUAUAAUAUAUAAUCGUAAACCAGGCCGAUAAUGUACGAUAGUUUAUUGUACUUUUAUAUAAUGGUAAACAAGGUCUAUAAUAUACUAGUCUAUUCUACUGUAAUAUAAUAUAUAAUUUACUAGUCUAUUCUACUGUAAAUUAAUAUAUAAUGUACUAAAGUCUAUUGUACUGUUCUAUAAUAUAUAAUGUACUAUAGUCUAUUCUACUGUUAUAUUAUAUAUAAUGUACUAUAGUCUAUUCUACUGUUAUAUAAUAUAUAAUGGUAUCAAGAUGUUUUCAUAGGACGAUUUAUAUCCCGCUGAUGGGCACAGUAGGGAAAACAGAAUAUUAUGGGAUGUAUUUGCACUAUUAUUUAGCAAGGUGAAUCAUUGUCCGUCAUGAAGCAUUAAUCUUGGUGGGGGUCUUUAUAUUAACAUGUCAGUCUUUAUAUAUGAUAUAUAUGGGAGAAGGGGGAGAAUUAACACGGUUUUGUCCCUAUUUUUGGCUUAUAAAAGCAAAGGGACAAAUGGCCUGUUAUGUCUUUGCCAUGCUCACAAUUUUGUAAUAUAUAUUUAUAGAUUUAUGGAACAUAUUUUUUUUAUUCAAAAAUGGAAAUAAAGAAUUAGAUUGAAA